AUGUCUCGUCAUACCCCUAUUCAUAGAAACUAUAUGAUCGGCUUAGGAGAAACUGGAAUUCUCAUAGUUUUGCUAUUCUAUGCGAUCACCAGACUCUAUUCGCUGUUGGUCGCCUCCUGUUUUCUUCUCUUGAUAGCCGGACUAAUUAUUAGCCAUCUAGCACACGGAAAAUCUUAUUGGGUCCGGCAGGGUAUACCUGGUCCAAAGCCCAACAUCUUCACAGGAAACACUACCGAAUACGAAAAUGGCUUGCACACAAUGGAUGAGAAGUGGAUCGCAGAAUAUGGUAACACAUUUGGGUGA